AUGAGUCUCAAGGGCGUGCAUCUUCUCGCCGGCAAAACCGCCGCUAUAACUGGUGGAACCACAGGAAUCGGCCGCGCAAUUGCUCUCCUGUAUCUUCGUCAAGGAUGUAAUGUAGCAGUCAAUCAUCUCGGCCUCGACUCCGAUAUCCCACAUCUGGAAUCACUGCGUACGGAAGCCAAAGCUCUGGUGCGAGAAAAUGAGAAAGCGGGAGAAUUGUUAGAUGUACCUGGAGAUGUUAGUAAACCGGAGACGGGAAAGGAACUGGUGGAGAGAGCGGUGGGGAAAUGGGGACGACUGGAUGUUUUUGUUAGUAAUGCGGGAGUUUGUCGGUUUGCGGAGUUUUUGGAACUAGAACCUGAUCUAUUUUCCCACACCGUCCGCACCAACCUCGACGGCGCCUUCUACACCUCCCAAGCCGCCGCCCGUCAAAUGUCCUCCCAAUCUCCUCCCGGCGGCUCCAUCAUCGCUAUCUCCUCCAUCUCCGCUCUCGUAGGCGGCGCACAACAAACCCAUUAUACACCCACCAAAGCCGGUGUUCUAUCACUCAUGCAAAGUAUGGCGUGUGCGCUGGGCAAACACGGUAUUAGAUGUAAUGCGCUCCUACCUGGAACCAUCAGGACGCAACUGAAUGAGGAGGACUUGAAAGAUGAGGAGAAGAGGAAAUACAUGGAAGGAAGGAUUCCGUUGGGGAGAACGGGGGUUCCGGGGGAUUUGGCGGGGCCGGCGGUUUUUCUGGCAAGUGAGGAGUUGAGUGGGUAUGUGAAUGGGAGUGGACUUUUGGUGGACGGGGGGCUGUUUGUUAAUUUGCAGUGA